AUGGGUUUUGUGGGCUGCGAAGCAGUAGGCCCCUGUGCUCAGCAGAGGCUGGCCAAGAAGACCUGUGCGGACAGCGACUUCACCUGUGGCAACGGCCACUGCAUCCCGGAGAGGUGGAAGUGUGAUGGCGAAGAGGAGUGUCCCGACGGCUCCGAUGAGGCAGAGACCACGUGCACCAAACAGGUGUGUCCCGCAGAGAAGCUGAGCUGUGGACCUGCCAGCCACAAGUGUGUGCCCGCCUCGUGGCGCUGCGACGGGGAGAAGGACUGUGAGAGCGGAGCAGACGAGGCCGGCUGUGCCACCUUGUGCGCCCCGCACGAGUUCCAGUGCAGCAACCGCUCCUGCCUGGCCGCCGUGUUCGUGUGUGACGGCGACGAUGACUGCGGCGACGGCAGCGACGAGCGCGGCUGCGCCGACCCGGCCUGCGGGCCCCGCGAGUUCCGCUGCGGGGGCGGUGGUGGCGGCGGCGGCGCCUGCAUCCCCGAGCGCUGGGUCUGCGACCGUCAGUUCGACUGCGAGGACCGCUCGGACGAGGCGGCCGAGCUGUGCGGCCGUGCGGGCCCCGGGGCCACCGCCGCGCCCGCCUCCUGCGCCGCGGCCGCCCAGUUCGCCUGCCGCAGCGGCGAGUGCGUGCACCUGGGCUGGCGCUGCGACGGCGACCGCGACUGCAAGGACAAGUCGGACGAGGCCGACUGCCCACUGGGGACCUGCCGUGGGGAUGAGUUCCAGUGUGGGGAUGGGACUUGUGUCCCUACAAUCAAGCGCUGCGACCAGGAACAGGACUGUCUGGACGGGAGUGACGAAGCUGGCUGCUUGCAGGAGUCAACAUGUGAGGGUCCCCGCAGAUUUCAGUGUAAGAGUGGCGAGUGCGUGGACGGCGGGAAAGUGUGUGAUGCUCAAAGGGACUGCCGGGACUGGUCGGAUGAGCCUCUGAAAGAGUGUGGGCUGAACGAGUGUCUGCACAACAAUGGCGGCUGCUCCCACAUCUGCACUGACCUCAAGAUUGGCUUUGAGUGCACGUGCCCAGCAGGCUACCAGCUCCUGGACCAGAAGACCUGUGGCGCCGGCAGAAGCCCGUCCCUGAUCUUCACUAACCGUCAUGAAGUGCGGAGGAUCGAUCUGGUGAAGCGGGACUACUCACGCCUCAUCCCCAUGCUCAAGAAUGUCGUGGCGCUGGAUGUGGAAGUUGCCACCAAUCGCAUCUACUGGUGUGACCUCUCCUACCGCAAGAUCUACAGCGCCUACAUGGACAAGGCCAGCGACCUGGCAGAGCAGGAGGUCCUCAUUGACAAGCAGCUGCACUCUCCAGAGGGCCUGGCGGUGGACUGGGUCCACAAGCACAUCUACUGGACUGACUCAGGCAACAAGACCAUCUCAGUGGCCACAAUUGAUGGAAGCCGCCGAUGUACUCUCUUCAGCCGUGACCUCAGUGAACCCCGGGCCAUCGCGGUUGACCCCCUGAGAGGGUUCAUGUAUUGGUCUGACUGGGGGUACCAGGCCAAGAUCGAGAAGUCUGGGCUCAAUGGUGUAGACCGGCAAACGCUGGUGUCAGACAACAUUGAAUGGCCCAAUGGAAUCACCCUGGAUUUGCUGAACCAGCGCUUAUACUGGGUAGACUCCAAGCUGCACCAACUCUCCAGCAUUGACCUCAGCGGAGGCAACAGAAAGAUGCUGAUUUCCUCCCCUGACUUCCUGAGCCACCCUUUUGGGAUAGCUGUGUUUGAGGACAAGGUGUUCUGGACAGACCUGGAGAAUGAGGCCAUUUUCAGUGCAAAUCGGCUCAAUGGCCUGGAAAUCUCCAUCCUAGCUGAGAACCUCAAUAACCCACAUGACAUUGUCAUCUUCCAUGAGCUGAAGCAGCCAAGAGCUGCAGAUGCCUGUGAGCUGAGUGCCCAGCCCAAUGGAGGCUGUGAGUACCUGUGCCUUCCUGCUCCUCAGAUCUCCAGCCCCUCUCCCAAGUACACGUGUGCCUGUCCUGACACAAUGUGGCUGGGCCCAGACAUGAAGAGGUGCUACCGAGCACCUCAAUCUACCUCAACUACGAUGUUAGCUCCUACCACAACGAGGACACUAGCCGACACCGCAAGAGCCCCUGGGACCACCGUCCACAGCCUCACCUCCCAGAACCACAGCACAGAGACACCAAGCCUGGCAGCUGUGGUCCCCAGCUCAGUUAGUGUCCCCAGGGCUCCAAGCAUCAGCCCGUCUACCCCAAGCCCUGCGACCAGCAACCACUCCCAGCACUAUGGGAAUGAAGGUGGCAAGAUGGGCUCAACAGUCACUGCUGCUGUCAUUGGGAUCAUCGUGCCCAUGGCGGUAAUAGCCCUGCUGUGCAUGAGUGGCUACCUGAUCUGGAGAAACUGGAAGCGGAAGAACACCAAAAGCAUGAAUUUUGACAACCCAGUGUACAGGAAAACAACAGAAGAAGAAGAAGAGGAUGAGCUCCACAUAGGGAGGACUGCUCAGAUCGGCCAUGUCUAUCCUGCAGCGAUCAGCAGCUUUGAUCACCCACUGUGGGCAGAGCCCUGUCUUGGGGAGACCAGAGAACUGGAAGACCCAGCCCCUGCCCUCAAGGAGCUUUUUGUCUUGCCGGGGGAACCAAGGUCACAGCUGCACCAACUCCCGAAGAACCCUCUUUCCGAGCUGCCUGUCGUCAAGUGCAAGCGAGUGGCAUUAAGCCUUGAAGAUGAUGGACUGCCCUGA